UCAGCAGUGAGAGCAACAGCGUAAUGGCGAUCGAAAAAGUAAUAUUGGCCUAUUCGGGUGGUCUGGAUACGAGUUGCAUCCUAAAAUGGUUGCUGGAGAAAAAGUACGAAGUAAUCUGUGUAAUGGCCGAUGUGGGACAGCAGGAGGACUUUGAGGCCGCGCGUCAGAAGGCUUUGAAGAUAGGCGCCCAGAAGGUUAUAGUCGCCGAUGUUAAGCAGAGCUUUGUAGAGCACUACAUCUGGCCGGCAGUACAGAUGGGCCUCAUAUACGAAGAACGCUAUCUGCUGGGCACCUCAUUGGCGCGUCCCUGCAUUAGUGUAGCUUUGGUUAAAGCAGCCCAAGAGCACGGCGCUAAGUAUUUGGCACAUGGCGCUACCGGAAAGGGCAACGAUCAGGUGCGCUUUGAACUUUGCGCCUAUGCUCUGCAGCCAAAUCUUAAGAUAAUUGCUCCAUGGCGCGACGUUGAGUUUUGUAGCCGUUUUCAAGGUCGUUUGGAUCUGAUUGAGUACGCCCGUGAAUCUGGAAUUGAAGUGAGCGCCAAGCCAACAGCACCGUGGAGCACUGAUGCCAAUAUAAUGCAUAUUAGCUACGAGUCCGGUGUCCUUGAAGAUCCAUCCCAUGUGGCACCCAGCAGCCUGUAUGAGUUAACCGUUGAUCCAUUAACUCAGGCACCGCAACGGACUGUACGCCUCACCAUUUAUUUCGAACGCGGUCUACCCACACAUGUGGAGGACUUGGCCAGCAGUCGCGUGUAUAGCACACCACUGGAGAUACUGAAGUUCCUCAACGAUCUGGGGGGUACGUACGGUAUCGGACGCAUUGACAUUGUGGAGAAUCGUUAUGUGGGCCUCAAAUCGCGGGGUGUAUACGAAACACCGGGCGGUACCAUACUUUAUACGGCUCACCAGGACCUGGAGGUAUUCUCUUUGGAUCGCGAGGUCUUACGUACAAAACAGUUGUUACGUGAUCGUAUGGCCGAUUACGUCUACAAUGGUUUCUGGUUCAGUCCAGAGGCCCUUUAUGUGCGUCGCUGUAUUGAGUUGGCCCAGGAACGGGUCAGCGGGCAGGUUACCGUUGAAUUGGCUCCCGGAUAUUGUCGUGCUGUGGCGCGCAAAGCAGCCGCCGCAUCGGGUGGCCUUUACAACGAGCAGUUGGUCUCGAUGGACGUCCACGGCGGCUAUGUACCUCAGGAUGCCGGCGGCUUCAUAGCCAUCAAUGCGGUGCGCAUUCGUGAGCAUGUGCGUGCCUUUGGACCGUACGAGGUGAAGGAAUCAACAUCAAAAGAGACUAAAUAAAUAUUACCUGUUUCAUUUAAAAUAUCUUAAAAUAUACAAGUAGCACAUGGUCCAACAAA